AUGGCGGCGGUGUAUAAUUCGGUCUCUAAGAAGCAGGCACGGCAACUUGCCAAGGAGCAGGAGCAGGACGAGGAGGAUCUUGCAAUGGAGGAUUUCCUUGGGGAAGACGACGACUCGAGCGACAGCGACGAAGAGGAGGAAGAGGAGGAAGAUGAUGCUAUGGAGGUGGCCAAGAAACAGCUGGCUGCAGGGCUCAUGCCUAAGACGCGCGUGCUGAUGCUAACUUCCAGAGGUGUCACUCAUCGCCAUCGCCAUUUGCUAGCAGACCUUACCUCUCUGCUUCCUCAUACGCACAAAGAAACCAAGCUGGACACGAAGAAGAACAACGGAUACAACAUGCUCCUAAACUCCCUCGCCGAACUCCACUCGUGCAACGUGAUUUUCUUCCUCGAGGCUCGCAAGCGUGGCCAGGAUUUGUACCUUUGGCUUUCCAGACCCCCCAACGGUCCUACGAUCAAGUUUCACGUCAACAACUUGCACACAACGGGUGAACUGAAUGCUGGGUUCAGCGGCAACUGUUUGAAGGGUGGUCGUGGUAUUGUGGUUUUUGAUCGGUCUUUCGACGAGAAUGGACCGGAUAUGAGCAAGCCUGGAAACGAAUACCGGGGUCUGGUUCGAGAGAUGCUGCGCGGUGUGUUCUGCGUUCCCAAGCGUGGCGUGAAGGGAAUGAAGCCGUUUGUCGACCGCAUCAUCGGUGUCUUCGGCGUGGACGGCAAGAUCUGGAUUCGUGUCUAUGAGAUCCGAGAGUCCGAAGCUGGAGGCAAAAAGGAGGGCGAGGAAGGCAAGCCGGCUCCCAAGAGCAAGGACGGACUACCCGAAGUUUCCCUUGUCGAGAUCGGACCCCGCUUUGUUCUCACGCCUAUUGUCAUCCUGGAGGGCAGUUUCGGAGGUCCCGUCAUCUACGAGAACAAGGAGUAUGUCAGCCCGAACCAGGUCCGCAGUGAGAUUCGCAUGAGCAAGGCGGCACGCUACUCCAAGCGUAGGGAUGUGCAGACGGAUCGUCUCUCGAAGAGGUCAGACUUGGGAUUGGGUGAGGGUCAGCGCAAGCCUGGCGCCCUGGACAACCGAAAACUUUUUGCAUAG